AUAAAGUUGACAUAGCAAAAUGGCCGCUUUCCAGAUUUGCUGGUCAUGUUGGUGACUUUGCGAAGUAACAUCAAUCGAUUACCAAAAUGUCGACACGGAAGGACGUGCUGGGGUUUGAGCCCCAGAAGGAAUCGAUCUACAACCAACUUCUACCAUAUAGCGAGAAAAUUGAUGCAGAAACGACAGAUUUUCUUGCACAGAUCAAAGGAAAUUUAGGAAGAGCUGUUCAACUCAGAGACGUGAAAUAUGGAGCCAGCCACUGGAUUGGUCAACUUUCCAGAUAUAUCCGACUGUUCGGCUACAACUUCACCAAGUCGGACCACAUCUGUCUGGUUCAUCUGGUGUUCGACCUGAUGACCAUCCCAAACCUUGAACUGUCCCUGGUACAGAAGUACGCAGCACUGCUUACAACUCUCCUUAAGAAGAAGGAGCUGUUAACUCGUGAAGACCUAGUGUUGCCAUGGAGACCACUCUAUGACCUAGUUGAGUCUGUGAUGUAUUCCCAGUACGAACACCAUGGGCUGCAGCUGUUUCCAUCCAACAUAGAAAAUGUACUGAAGAGUGUUGUCCGCUACUGCCGUGUGUAUUUCUCACUGGAAUCUACAUCUGAGAUGCUGGAGGAAUGGCGUCCACUUAUCUGCCCAUUUGAUGUCACAGUCAUCAAGGCUCUCAAUUACCUGGAGUUGUUCCUACCCACGUCUCUACCACCGGAACACUACGACAAGGGCUACAAGCUGUGGUUUGAUGAACUGGUUCAACUGUGGCUGUCAUUUCACAAUGGCCCUUCCUGGGAGUAUAGCCUUGUGUCACUGUUCUCCAGACUCACACAAGACAACAUCGGCUAUAUAGACUGGAGUCCCAACAUAGAUCAGAUCUUCACUCGAUUCUUGCGUAGCUUCAACCUGCCAGUUGGAUCCCAGCAAGUACCAAACAAGGCCAACAACUGCUAUGACAUCAACCAGACAGUCCAAUGGAUUGUAUCUUUGCUGGGAGGAAACAACUCUGUCCAGCAACGUGUGACGAAACUCUUCAAGGCCCUGCAGUCCUUCUACUACCCCUCUAAUGUUGGCAGAUGGAAUGUGAAGCUGAGUGGUCUUCUUAUGGCAUUCCCUAAACACUUCAUCAGGAGAUUGCACAGAGAGAGAUACCAGAAGCCCAGCUGGGAGACGCGCAUCCCCGAGGCCAUGCACCUGACGGAGGAUGACAUCACAGAGUUUGUCAGUUGCAUGAAGAAUGUUACCUUUGUGGCCAUGUUCGGUAAACAUGGCAGUCAGGAUGCAGCUGUCGCUCUUCGCCAUCUUGCCACCAUGAGACCCGAGUUGACUGUUCCACCACUGCUAGAAACUAUGUAUCCUGCAUUGGAGACACUGAUAGAACCUCACCGCCUGAUAGCAUGCAUGAACUGUAUCGUGGCCGUGGCUCGGCCGAUGUUGAGGGCAGGGAAAUGGUACCCCCAGGGCCCCACCCAUCUCCUCCCCCUCCUCAAUCUCUCACUCCCAGGCAUCGACCCCAAUGACUUCAAAAAAUGUCUGCUACUGAUCGUAUUUCAGGAGGAGAAGGAAGUUUGCAUGGCAACGGCCCAGUUUGAGGACUGGGUGCUGCAGUACCUGGACCGGGUGUUCACGCUGGUGGAGAACAGUGCCCAGGAGUCUACUUGUGGAGCCCAGGACAGGCUCAACCCAGAGCAGAGCAUGCUGGAGGUGGGCAUGGCGUCAACCACCACCUCCGUGCUGCAGCAGUGUUCAGGACCCAUAUUUGAUUCUGCAGUGAGAAGGCUACACAGGUUCCUCACUGGCAAUGUGUACGAGACCAAGGUCAGCGGCAGGUUCGCAGCCAACCUCUGCAGGUCUGCAGCCAAGGUUCACCCAGCAAAGACGCUGAAGCUGUUUCUCACACACUUCUGUAGCAGAAUUGUGAACUACUGCAAGGAACAUGGUGAUAUUCAAAAAGAGGAACACCUGGAUGACAGUUUUCUGUGGAACCUGCAGAUGCUCACACAGCUGGUACGGUGUAACGGUAAGGAGCUGCUCCAGUACAAGGACUCGCUGGAGGAGGUUCUGUCCCUGACGCUGACCCUGCAGUGUGUACAGGGAUAUGAGAUGGCUGGUAUGCUGCUGAGGUACCUGCUGAGGGCGCUCGUACUCACUUACCCGCAGGAAUACCGCAGCACGUCCCACAGCUUUGAUAGACCGCUGGAGGAAUACCUACCUAUCAGAGACUGGGCAGUGCCUGGAGACCUCCACAACCUGGACAUUGAGUGGCAUAUACCCAACCAAGCAGAGAUGGACUUCGCUGGGGAGAUCCUCAGCAAGUUCCUGGCUCCAGAGCUGAAGCUCAUCAAGAACAUAAAGGAUGACACACAGGCCCCCACUAGGGAGGAUUUGUUGAGGAGGCUGAAUAUGAUCCUGGAAAGUAUCCUAGGAUCUGCAUCACUGCUGCCAAUGUGGGAAGGCAAGGCUGUCCCAGUCCUGGAGACAGAUGUCCCGAUGAACAGAUUCAAGUGUUCAUCUCAUGUUGUGGGAGAGUUGAAGCUGGAUGGGGAGAAUGUGAGGAGUUGUGUGGCUGACACCAUGAGGCACCUGCUCAGUUACAUGCAUGCUAGCUGUGAGGACGACACAAAGGGCUUCGUGAAAGUGAUGCGGAUUUUCGAGACUGUGCUGUUUUUCUAUGGCACUCAGAAGAAUGACUUUGAUGGUCGGUGGAAGAGUUUCCAUAUUGUGAAGGCAGCUUUGGAGGAUAAGCUACGAGGCAAGAAGCGUCACAUCCGAGCACUGCUUGUAGACAGAGUCCAGUUACAACAUGAGUUGCUGAUGUUGAACAGCAAGGAGAAGGUGUUCACGAGCCGCCACCAGGAUAUAUGGAAUGAUCUGAUGCAACUGUGUCUCAGCAGAUACAGCGAGGUUAGGAAAAAGGCCCAGAACUGCCUCCUGGCUGCAUUUACCAACUUCCCAUAUACAUAUCGAACUGUGAUAAAGGAGAUUGUCCACAAUAUCCGUGAACCAGAUGUUCCAGAACAUAAGUUCAAGGGUAGUCUUUACACCAUCCUAGGUAACGGGAAGAAAAGCCUAGCAACAAAGAGAAACUGGGAGAUAUUGUCCCAGAUUUGGCCAGCCCUUGUCCAAGCACAGCACUCAGAGAAACCUUCGAUCCUAAAGGCUAUUGAUGAUAUUGUAACAAAGGUGGUGAAAUGUCUGGAGACAGUAGCCAUUAAUGUUGAGACACCUCUCAAGUGUAUAGACCGAGGUCGCGACCUGUUGCAGACGUCAUUGCCAGCACCGACGUGUGACCCUGCAUCAGAUGUGGAACUGCAGAAGAGUGCUCAGAAAGAAGCUGAUCAAAAUCAAACAAAUGACAGGGAUUAUGUGAAGCUGAUUACAACACUAGCAGCCCAGGUAGAGAGUGGAAAACUGACGUGGAAGUUCAGCCAGAUCAGUAUGGAGCUGAUGGCAAUACUACUGCGACACGACCGAGAAGCCCCACCUGAAGUUGUGGCCUGCUUCGUCAAGCAUCUCUGCCACGACGCUCUCUACAUCCGCAAGUUGGCAAUGUCGGCGGUGUCAGCAGUGUUGAAACAACAGAAGCGGAAACACCCCAAGGUCCCCGUUGAUCCCUACAAGCGAUCAGGGUGUGCUCCGCAACCUCAGGCUAGCAGCUGUGUCCCUGGGGACCGUCCAGACAAUAUAUGGCACCAGUACGAUCUCGCCGACCUCCCAGUCACCAGGGAGAAGUGGGACAAGGCAGAGUUUGUGGACAAGACACACUGGGGAUACUACUCUUGGCCAAAGGAAAUGUUUGUGUAUGCUCCAUACGACAAGCAGCCCAAACCAGAGCUGCCCCGGUCUGAGAUGAAUGAGGCAGCUCAGUGUAUAUAUGACAGCUUCUGUAGUGAGGAAUUUGUAGAGAAACUCGUCUCAUUCUUGUCCUUGGAGGAACUGAAGGGUAGAGACAAGUUCCGCACAAAAUAUCUAGUCCUAUUUAAGGGUUUAUUCCGUAACUAUGGGGACGUGUUCCUGCCAAACUUCCAGCCUCACAUUGAGCGUCUGAUGGGAGACUUGAGCCAUGACAAGCAUGACAGCAGUCAGCGCUGUGCAAUGGAGAUUCUAGCCGGCAUUAUCAGGGGAAGCAAACACUGGGCAUUUGACAAGGUGGAGAGGUUAUGGAAAUGGGCAUGUCCUCUGCUAGCUACCUCACUAAGCAACAUUACCAUAGAAACAGUUGAUGAUUGGGGAUCAUUCUACACAAGUCUUUCAGAGAGCCGUGACCCAAGGAAGUUACACUGGUUGUUGACGAUGUUGAUGGAGAACCCCCUUAGGGGAGAAGGUGGAGCUUUCGGAGAUGCUAGUCGGCUGUAUGCAGUGCAGAAUGCCCUCAUUGACCAGGAGUGGCGUGUCCCUCAGUUGCUGCAUCACCUCCUUGAGUACCUCAAACCUUAUCUUGCUCAUCCCUACAAGAAUGUGCGUGACAGGAUAGGCAGUGUGUUAAGCAAUGUGUUCCUGUAUGACUACAAGAUCUGCCCCCAGUCCAGUGUGAGGUCACCUCACCGCCACACAUUCCUGGAGGAAAUCCUGCCACAGCUACAGCAGCUCAAGGACAUUGUGCCAGAACAGACCUCAAACAAUGGGCCUAAAGUGGAAAACUCAGCCUCUGCUGUAGUGGCGUCCUCAAGCGUCACGAAACCCGAGCCCAUGGAGGUGGAGGAUAACGGAACUGAAGAUGAUGAGCGGAAGAAGGCGAUACGUCUCUGUAAAACAGUGAUGAAGUGGCUGCAGAACAAUCACACGCGGGCUUUCUACUCCUCACAUGCUGAUGUCUUCCCCCUUCUGCCAAUUAUCUGUACACUGGAGAGUGAGUCGACGGAUGAUGAUCUGAAGACAGACUGUGCCACAGCGCUGAUGUGUCUGGCCCAGAGCCUCAUCCAACCUGACCACAUCAAGGUGGCUCUUACCACUGUCAGGGAGGUUGCGGGGUUACAGUCAUGGCAUGCCCGAGCUGCCAUCUUGCGGUACAUUCAGGCUGUGGUGUUUGGGAACAUGUUCCUGAUGAACAAGCCAGAACACAAGCAGUGCAUCCACGACAUCCUGCUGCAUCUCAUCUGUGAUGAACAGCUAGAGGUCCGUGAGAUGGCCAGUGUGACUCUGAGUGGACUCCUACAUUGUGGCUACAUGGAGAUGGAGGAAGAUUUCAUUGGACAUUUUGAGCGUCUAAGUCGCACGAAGCUGAAGAAGCGUAAGAAGACAAGUGAGUCUGUGUCCAUGGAGUCUUUGAUCCAGAGACAUGCUGGAGUGCUGGGGCUAGGGGCUUGUGUCCAGGCGUUCCCCUACCAGGUGCCUGAGUUUAUACCUCGUGUACUCAUGGAGCUGAGUCCUCACGUCAACGACCCACAGCCCAUACAGAUGUCUGUAAAGAAGAUUCUGUCAAACUUCCGACGCACACAUCACGACAACUGGCAUGACCACAAGCUCAAGUUCACCGAUGACCAGCUGGUGAUUCUUACUGACCUGCUGGUGUCCCCUAACUACUAUGCAUAACAUUGUGGCUCACUAGGUCGACAGUAAUGUUGCUGUCACUCAACCACCUGCUUCCAGACCAACUCUGCAGUCAAGGAGGGCGUGUGUUGCCCACUCAGCUUUUAAUGCAUGUUUGUGUGUAUGUUGUUGAACAUGCUGAAAAAAUGUGCAGUGCGAUCUAGACACACCGACUGUUGCACCUCCACUGCUACUCAACCUGUCAUGUGACUUCUGCAGUAUGGUCAAAAUAUUGUUAAUAUCCGCUUGUGUGUGUUUGAAUGUUUGUCAUCAAUUUACGCUAGAUCUCAGUUGGAGGAUUAUCAAAAUUUACACUUUUUGCAUUACUUUUUUAUGCCUUCUGGUUACAAACUGUAGCCCCUGAAAAUUGUCAGAUUUGUUUAUUCGGUUAUCAAAAUGAUGUACGUGUGUGACUGAACUAUGUCUUAUUGUAUACAGUUGGAAUGUCUUUUAUGUCAAAUAUAAACAUGUAAAGUUUUAUCUGUAUGAAUUAUCUCCCCUAAACACAAGCCAAGUCGGCAACAGUAGCAACAAAAAGGUGUAUUAAUUAUCAAUAUUAUUGUUCUAAAUUUCUUCAGAAAUCCGUCAAGUGAAUCUUGUUACGAACAAGUGAAAAAAUGUAGUGUGAGUUAUUCAUUGUAUUUGAUAUGUGAAGUACUGUGAUCCAACCUGUUGGUUACUUAUAACUGACAUUUUACAUUGGUAUAACCCACACCUUGAGAGUUUUACUACACGAAUGAAGGUGCUGAAUACUAGCAUCCGUUUCACAAAGCAACCAUCCCGCUGUGACUCCUCUUGUGUAACAUAGCUUUACAAUAACUGUAGAGUGCUGAUAAUUUUGUGAAACGGGUUCCUGGUUGUCAGGGUGCUUAGCCAUUCCAUGACUCACUUGUAUGUUUUACCUGGCAAGGCCGAUUCUUCAUAUCUGUAGCUGAGAGAAACCAACUGUUUACUUCAGAAAUCUGCUUCCCCAAAGAGCUAUUCCUAUAAGCUCCACAUUGUCUGUUUUAGGGGACACAGAAGGCCGUGUUGUGUAAGCGACUUCUCUGAGUUGUGAAGGGUGCAUCCUAUGGACAUGGCAGGAACGUUGUUUUACAACUUCAUGUUUUACCAAUGCUCAUGAGUUUCACCUUAGUGGUGGGGUAGCCUAGUGGUUUAAGCUAAGCUCAUAUUGCCGAAGAUCUGGGUUCGAUUCCCCACAAGUGUAAUAUGUGUGAAGUCCAUUUCUUGUGUUCCUUCACUGUGAUAGUGUUGGAAUAUUGCUAAAAGCAACAUGAAACUCACUCACUCAUCAAAAUGGUAAGCAUCUCAGACCUGGUUAGACCCUACAAACUGUGAUAUAACUGGAACACUGUUCAAAGCGAUAAAAAAUCAAACUCCCUCUCGUGUCCUUCAGGUAAAUAUCUGGCUAAGCACCUUGAUCCACAGCAUGUCUUCUAUGCCAGUCUUACCUUACUUCAUAAUAGUCCCGCUUAGUGGUUUUAGUUGUAUGUUUUUAUUUCUAUAUCAUCUUGAUAAACCAGACUUCAUCCUGUAGCUUGGAGUCAGGAAUUACCGCUUUUACCGUUCCUGUUGAUGAAAAAAGUGUUGAUCCUCAUUUUAGUUCUCAAACUUCUCAAUGUACUGAUUCACUGUUCACCUAGAAUUACAAAUUGUGAAUCUGAGGAUAGUUGCAUGAUAUAUCUAACAAAUAUUUUUGGAUGAUCUUUUAGGGUUUGUAAUAAUGGUGAGGAACCAUUAUGCAUAUUGGCCAAAUGUGAUUGCCGUGAUAUGUAACGUUACAUAUUCAAAGUAUCAUAAUAAACUAAACAGCAUUAUUUGUGAUGGCCAAAGUGCACUGACCUCAAGUUGGUCACUGUGUAUGUGUGUUGUAGUUGUGAGGAUUCAUGUUUUUAGUUGGUGUUCAAAAAAUCAAAACUUUAAUUUGAAGAAGAAUAUUACUUUUGAAAGUUUCAUUUCAUACUCUGUUACUGUGUCACAAUUAUUGGAAAUUAAAAAAGGUGAGAUUUAUUACCUAUGUUUAUGAGAAAAAGUGGAUAUUGCAAUUAAUAUUGUAACUGUAACAAAAAAAGAAAUCAAUUAUUAUUGGUAUCUAGUCAGGACUCCUUUGUUUCUCAUUGAUAGGUUGCUGUACUAUUCUUAGAGUUGAAUAUUUGGAAAAGAUUAUCAACCAGCGACAUUUAAUUUUAUGCCAUAAAUUUGUAAGCCAACUAAUAAAAAAUGAAAAGCCUUUGUUCAAAUUCA